UUUUUUUUUUUUUUCUUAACUCUUUUACGCCUGUCAUUAUGCUUCCUUGCCUUCAAAAGAGAGGCAUUGCCUCUAUUGCUAAUUUCAAAAUACCUCCUUCAUCUAUACCAGUGCAAAAAAAGACUAAUUUACUUGGCAUGACAUUACACGAUCUUGAAAAAGAAUUCGAAGGAUUACAGCACACAAAGAAAUAUACACCAUUACAGAUCUGGCAACACAUGUAUAAGAGAGGCUAUACAGAUUUUAACAAUAUGCCCAAUUUAUCCAAAGAUCUCAAACAAAUACUCGAUCGUAAAUAUGAGAUCAACUAUGGAGAAGUCAAAUUGGACAAAACAGCGCUUGAUCAAACACGCAAGUUUUUGAUUGGAUUCAAUACAAAGCAAGAUCCAAAAGCUGUGGUUGAGACAGUCAUCAUUCCUGAAAAGUCUCGAUCAACACUAUGCGUUUCUUCUCAAGUGGGCUGUUCCUUGAAAUGCAGUUUCUGUCAUACAGGCACACAAAAACUUGAGCGAAACUUGACUUCAGCUGAAAUUGUAGGACAGUACAUGAUAGCAGCAUCUCAGAGUGGCGAUUUUCCUUUCAAAGACAAUACACGUAAAACCAUCUCCAACAUGGUCUUCAUGGGACAAGGCGAACCAUUGUAUAAUUGGAAGCAUGUCAGCAAAGCUAUCCAGAUAUUAACUGAUCCUCAAGGAUUGAGUUGGUCUAAGCCCAAGAUCACUGUCUCUACCUCAGGUGUAGUCCCUUUGAUCCCCAAAAUAGCUACCGAACUAGGCGUUUCUUUGGCUAUUUCUUUACACGCAACCAACAACGCAUUGCGUGAUGUACUUGUUCCACUCAACAAGACAUUUCCUUUAGAGACAGUAUUAGAUGCGUGUACAAAAUAUGCAGAACAUAUGGGCAAUAGAGGAAGAAGAAUCACAUUUGAAUAUGUCAUGCUGGAUCAUGUCAAUGAUUCUUUAUCUGAUGCAAGAGUCAUGGUCAAGCUAUUAAAGCAACUACCAGCCCAUGUGAACUUAAUGUAAGUCACUCUGCAUUUGCAUAGUUAAUCAUGUUUUGCAGUCCUUUUAAUCCAUGGCCUGGAAGUGGUUAUCAAUCUACCAAAAUGGAACACAUUGAACGAUUUGCUCAAGUGAUUGUACAGAAUGGUAUUCAUUGCACCAUAAGAAGACCUAGAGGACAAGGUAAACCGGUUAGAGUUGGACGCUUGUUUAUUCACGCUCAAUAUCCCUCUAUAGACAUCUUGGCAGCAUGCGGCCAACUACGUAGUUCAGAAGAAAGAAAGAAAAAGGC